AUUACUCAGGGUGUAGAGUUAAAGCAAACUUUCUCAGAAAUCAGGCUCUCAUUCAGAGGCAGAACUGAGACUUAAGCCACCUCAUUACACCGCUAAUUAAAGGGCCGGCUCUUCAAAUGGACUGAAGCUCCCAGACAGCACACCAUCAAAAUGCCAUUGAGAUCGACUUGCUGUACGGUGUUACGGAUCGUUGGCACAACUGUUUUCGCCUUAGCCGUCUUAUUGUCUAUCCUCUCUGCCUAUAUCACUGGGUACCAGUUCAUUCACACCGAGAAGCAUUACCUCUCUUUUGGACUGUAUGGAGCCCUUCUUUUCCUUCACCUUUUCUGCCAAAGUUUGUUUGCCUACCUGGAACAUCGACAGAUGAGGAAGGAACCCAAGCCAGAGGCUUACAACAAAACAGUGGCCAUUUGCAUUGCUGCCUAUCAGGAGGACCCGGAUUACCUAAAAAAAUGCCUGAACUCCAUCAAGAGAAUUUCCUUCCCUAAUCUCAAGGUGGUCAUGGUAGUAGAUGGCAAUAAACAAGAUGAUGAGUACAUGAUGGAGAUUUUUAAUGAGAUCAUGGGUUUUGAACAGACUGGCACCUUCAUCUGGAGUGGCAACUAUCAUACGCUUACAGAAAAGAGCAGAAAGCAGACCUUGAUGGAGGAGUGCAGUCUGGUGAGAGACAUUAUCAGGAACUGCAACUACUCAUGCAUCAUGCAGGAAUGGGGAGGCAAGCGUGAGGUCAUGUACACUGCCUUCAAAGCCCUGGGGGACACUGUGGAUUAUAUCCAGGUGUGUGAUUCAGAUACGGUCCUCGAUCCAGCCUGCACCAUGGAAAUGAUUAGAAUCCUGGAGACGGACCCCAAAGUAGGUGGAGUUGGUGGAGAUGUUCAGAUUUUAAACAAGUAUGAUUCCUGGAUUUCCUUCUUAAGCAGUGUGCGUUACUGGAUGGCUUUUAACAUUGAGCGAGCCUGCCAGUCUUACUUUGGCUGUGUUCAGUGCAUCAGUGGGCCCCUAGGGAUGUACCGUAACUCACUCCUCCAGCAGUUCCUCGAAAAAUGGUACAAUCAGACAUUCCUCGGAAGUAAAUGCAGCUUUGGAGAUGACCGUCAUCUCACAAACAGAAUCCUCAGUUUGGGCUACAAGACCAAAUUCACAGCCAGGUCCAAGUGUCAGACAGAGACACCUACCAAAUAUCUGAGGUGGCUAAACCAGCAGACUCGAUGGAGUAAGUCCUACUUCCGUGAAUGGCUUUACAAUGCCUUAUGGUUUCAUAAGCACAACCUGUGGAUGACCUACGAGUCUGUGGUUAUUGGUUUUUUCCCAUUUUUUCUGAUUUUCACUGUGAUCAGUUUGUUCUACAGUGGUCGCAUUUGGAAUAUUUUGCUUUUCUUGCUCACUGUGCAGAUUGUUGGCAUGAUCAAAGCCACAUAUGCUUGCUUUCUUCGUGGAAAUAUUAUAAUGAUUUUUAUGUCCCUUUAUUCGCUCCUUUACAUGACCAGCCUUCUCCCAGCUAAAAUUUUUGCUCUUUGUACCAUCAACAAAGCCAGCUGGGGCACAUCUGGUCGCAGAAAAAUUGUGGUCAACUUCAUUGGACUCAUCCCUGUCUCUAUUUGGGCUGCUAUCUUACUAGGGGGACUGGCCUACACCAUUUAUUGGGAAACUCAAGAUCCAUUCAGUGAAACUGAACAAAUUUUCCUUAUAGCAGGAGCCAUCCUGUAUGCCUGCUACUGGAUUAUGCUUUUAAUCCUCUACUUUGCAAUUGUAGCAAAACAUUGCACUAAGAAAGAAGAGCAGUACAACCUGCCAUAUGCUGAAACGUAAAUAACUGGUGCUAUUUGUGACAAUUUCUCAAUCUUUUCUGGACAAUGCAAUAAACUCUUCUCAGUCUAAAGCACAUACUGUAUUAAGGAAGGGAGAAACAAUUUGGCCUUAAUUCAUAAACAGAGGGUACUGCUACAAAAUACAUGUGAGCAAUUUCAAGAGUAUAGGGCACAGCACGUAUGAAGUCCUGAGUUGUAAUUAAGAAUAUAAUAUUCUCAAACCCACUAAGCAUAAUUCAUGGUCACGGGUCCAGUAGCUGAUUUUAGCAGAACUGAGAACAAGACACGAACCAACUCCUGGCAGGGCACCCAUCUGUGGCAGUAGAAAUGUAACAUUUAAUAUUUUAACUUCUUGAUGGUGCCUAAUUAGUCCUUUCAGAACAGUAAACUACGUAUAAUGACAAUUAUACUUUUCUCUGAACUAUGUGUUAAUCAAUGACAUCAGAUUACCCUUUUAUGAGACAGAUAGGAUAUCACUUCAGAUAGCUUAAACAUAUGUGAUUAACAAAUUACUAUAGAACGGAGGAGUCAUCUUCUGACACCAAACAUUGGUUUUUAAAUUGUAAAAACUGCAUGUAUCUUUUAGUCUUUCCAGAAGUUUUUAUCAACUGUUCAUAAAAUGCUGAAUGACACCUGACCUCUAUGGUUUCACUAACAGCGUGAAACUUCAGCUGAUUAACUGUCCACGCCAUUCAGAUGUUUGCCAAUUCUCCAUCCAUCCACAAAAGUCAUCCUAGAUCAAAUACCAAUUUAAUACAAUAGAUAUAAAAAACAAAGUUUGAAGUAGAACACCAAUUAGUAGUAAAUCACUGGACUACACACGGGGGUCAAUUCUCAACUCCUUCUUUUCAUGUACAGUUUCACAGGGAUUCUUGCAUAUCCUAGCUGCAUCAGGCACAACUAACAAUGAACAUGAUACCAAACCAUCUUAGGGAAUGAACUUAAAAAGCCCAUCCCCUUAAAGUCAAUUUAUCCAUCCAUUUUCUUGGUUACAAGGAGCAAAAGCCUGUCUUGGAAGUUUUUGGCAUAAGGAGAAGCAGACAAAAUUUUUAAUCCAAAAUUAACUGACAAUACACAUCUCUGGAAGAUUUUUGUGUGUGUUUGGGUGGGUGUUGGUUCCUCCAUGAAAAUAUACAAACUCUGCAAUAGUGGUAUACCAGUGCAGUGCCACUGUGUUGCUGACGUUCAUGAUUAGUUAAGUGAACUACAGCAUUAGAAGCCCAAUACAAACCAUCCAUCAGUUCAUUCCUUUUCUGAUGCUGAUUUGUCCAUUGUGUUGCCAUGGUGGGCCAAUUUUUGUUGGUAGCAUUGAGAGCAAGACAUAUUUGAGCCCUGGAUUGAAUAUGCCAGUGCACUGUAGGGCGAACAAAAUAACCAGAAUGGUAAAUGAGCCAAGAACUGUGAGGAAGUAGUACUAACCACUGUGUCGCCUCAAGAAAAAAAAAAAAGUAUAUUUUAAAAUACAACCAUUUGCGUACAAUUGUACAAGCCAUGACUAUUUUGUUUUAUACUAAGUUUUAGUGAAAUGACGUCGGUUUUCAGAAGAACAGAGGUUCUGAGUCUAAGGCGUGCAAUAUAUCUUGCAAUUUUCCAGUGGAGAAGUGCAGUAUAAUUGAUUGAAAUCUAAAUGGUGCUCUUCCUUUUUCCAGUAAUGCCCCAAGUAUAACAGCAUCAGCCCAUUAAGUGACAGAAACUUUUAAACUCUUUUAACAUUAUUAUACAUAUUUUACUUGUUUCAUAAGUGUUUGUUAAUAACUAUGUUGCAUUUUUGUAUUUUCUAUGCUGAUAUUUUGUAUUUAUUUUUUUUGAUGAAACCAUCUUGAGAAUUAUCUUGCUAAUUGAGCCUUUACUAUUCAACUACACGGACCACACUUGUAGUCAUUUUACCAGGCUUUGGAACAUUGUAGCCACAACGGUAUCUCAGGACUCAAUCAGGAUUUUAAAACAGUAACCUCAUCACAAGUGAUCUUUGCCUUUAUAUUACUUUUUGAAUACUGUAUUAUACAGUACAGCCAGUGUAAAGCUUCAGUGUGACUGUGUAAAAAAAAAAACAGAUUUUUAAGAUACCCAACCUAAAUGCUGACCUGUUUGAAGAAUGUGGCACAUUAAACUUCAUGCAUGCAAACUGGUGACAAAUUUCUAAAUGUAUUGUCUGAUUCUGUAUAAAUAACAUUGGUAAAACUGUUUAAGACAAGAACUUGAGGACAACAUUUCAGCCAGCUAAAAUAAAAAAUGUAUAAUGUGAAAAAAGUAAAAAUUACAUGAAGGCAUGCAAAUUAAAGGGAACCCAUUUAACACAGCCUUCUGGGAAGUUAAACAUGAACUAUUGAAAAGCCAAAGUUUCAAUUGUUUAAAUUUCUGUGCACUGGGGCUACAGCAACAUCAAGCACUAAACAAGGAUUUAAGAGAAAAUGCUGCUAUUUAGGAGUCACUAUGGUGAGAACAGUGUUUAUAUUUCUGACUAUGUUAUUCUAGGUCAGCAAGUGAGGCUGCGUGUGUGAGAAUGUAUGAGUUUGUGUGUAAACAUGCAUUUCUUUCUUUUGGAUUAAUGGACAUGCAUGUUUUGUGUUUUACUUAGAAGUAUCCUAACACGUACAAAAGGGAUAAAACAGGUCGCAAGCACUGUGCAUUGCCCUUUUGUCUAAUGUAUACCGUGUCAGAUGGCUUAUUUGCAUGGUCAGUCGGAGCAGUAUGUUUUUAACAAUGUCUAAAUAUGUUUGAUAAUAUGCCUUGUACCAUUCUUUUCUGACUAAAGUGAAUGGUGCUGCAAAAUUACGGAAGCCAGCAACGUUUCUAUUUACAAAAUAAAUAUUUUUUACUAAA